AUGUCUUAUACAAGAAAAAGAACAUCACGUUCAAAACAACGUUUAUUAGAUUCACAUCGUCGGCAAUCAACUUUACAUGCUCUAAUUGAUGUUUUUAAUUAUGCCGGUGCUAAUAUUUCGCCACCUAUAUCAUCCUUAUCAUUAUCUACCACAAACGAUAUUCCAUCUUCAUCUUCUUUAUUACUUCCACCAACAUCACAAGUUCAACCUAAUGAUUCACCACAUAAAAGCUGCUAUUUUUCUUCUUUUGCUUCUCUUUCUACUUCAUCAUCAUCAUCUUCUUUAUCAACCUUAUCAGAUUGUUCUGACAAGUCAGAUAAUGAUUCUUGUUGUUCGAUUAACAAUGAAAUUUUGAAAUCAACUAAUAUAGAAAGUUCAAAAAACACUUACACAGAAUUAUUUACAGAUGACGAUCUACAAAAUCGUUCAGAACCUCUCACUUCCAAAGAAAUAGCUGUUUUACUUGUUCAAUUACGUUGUCGACAUGCCUUAACAAAAGCAUGUAUCACACAUAUAUGUCAACUUUUACAAGUGUUAAAAGUUCCAAACGCUCCAUCCAGUUUUGAUAGUAUUGAAUCUCAAGUACUUUCUACUUAUCGAUCAACUAUUUUUCCAACACAAAGUACUAUAUGUCCUUCCUGCCAUCAAAGGUCUUCCAAUUCAAAGAGAUGUACAAAUCUAAAUGAUUGUGUAUCAAAACAGUCGUUUAUUCGUUCACCAACUACAAAUUACACAUUUGCAAUUGAACCACAAGUACGAUCAAUACUUGAAAGAAAUCAAAUAUUUCCGAAACUGCAUCAUCAUUCAAUUUCGGAUAUAACUGAUGGACAUUUUUAUAAAAAAUUACUUAGAAAAGAAUCAGAACCAUUUGUGACACUCUUGAUGAAUUCUGAUGGAGGUUUAAUUAAAACUAUUUCGAAGUCAAUAUGGUGUACAACUUUCGUAAUCAAUGAAUUGCCUAGAGGAAUACGAUUUCUUCCAGAAAAUACAAUCAUUGGAAUGGUUUCUACAGGAAGCAUGAAACCAAAAAAAGACGAAAUGUUAUCAAUGAUGAAUGAUCUUGUAAAUGAACUUCAUAAAUUGGAAGAUGGAGUUUCAGUAUUAUUGCCAUCAAAUGAUUCAAAUAAUCUCGAACAAGUUGUUAGAAUAUUCUUAAUUGAUUGUGUUUGUGAUAAACCUGCAACAUCUCUCGUCCUCAAUCAUACCGAAUGUACCGGUUUUUUUGGAUGUAUUUAUUGUACUAUGAGAGGUAAAUCGGUAGAAGUAAAAAAUACAACUAUUCGUUCAUUUGUUCAUGAUCCAAAUGAAAAAGUUAUAUUACGAUCCAACAAAACCUAUGACAAUGCAAUUAAAUUUAUUAAUAAUGGUUACAAAUUAACUAAUUCAAAUAGGGCCUUGUCGAAAUUAGCAUCUAAAGAAUAUUUACAAGGUGUUAGAGGACCAUGUUUACUUCGACAAUUAAAAUAUUUCAAUAUUUACAAUUCUUUUCUUUGUGAUACACUACUUAAUCUGUAUUCAGGAGUUAUGGGAAAAAUGUUGAAACUAUUUCUGUCGAAACAAUCUAUCACCGAAGGGACAUCAAAUGCUAUGAGUGUGUACGAUCGAAUAGAUAAUAUUGCUGAAAUUGUUAAUUCAAUUUCAUAUCCAUCAACAACAGCGUUUGAAAAUUUUCUUGAUGAAGAACGUUUUAUUCAUCUAAAAGUAUUAGCUUUUAUAGCACAUCUAGUUGAAGGAGAAUGUCUGUCUAGCAAUGCUCAUAAUGAUAUAGAAUUUUUAGGGAGUGCCGAUGAUUUUACAAUACUCCGACGUUCUAAUGAUUCGUGUAUCUUGUAUAAAACAAAAAGAAGUUCUUAUUCAAUUGGUUUUAUGUCAUAUAUCGUUCAUAUUAUUGAUAGAGAUGAAAUCUGUCUAGUUUUAAAUAAAGUUAAAAUUACUUCAACAGCUGACACUCUCAACAUCGAUGGAAGAAAUUUUAUGUGCAAUAAUAUUUUAAAAGGUAAUGUCGUAUCUGAUUCUACAGUUACUAUUCAACCAUCUCAAAUUUCAAAAAAAGUUGCUUUUCGACCAAUAUUCAAUGAAGAUCCAUCACUAUUACAUACUUUUAUCUUUUAUCAAUAUCCUAAUUUGAAAGAAUGUACUUAA